AUGAAUAAUCCAAGACUGGUCAAUAAUAGUUAUUCCAUGUUAAAUUCCAACGGCUCUAACUCAGUAUAUAUUAACGGGACAACACUAGCGACUUUACAACCAGCCAAAUCCUUCAAUUAUCAUCAAGGUGCAUCCAUCACAUCUCUAGACUUUGAUGAUGCUGGACAAUUCCUAAUAUCUUCAGGAAUAGACAAGUCUAUCCAAUUAUACGACUGCUAUAAGGGGACACAUUCUAAAGAUAUACAAUCACAGAAAUAUGGAGCACAUUCUGCUAGAUUCACCCAUGAAGAAUUGAAUUGUCUAUAUGCAUCGACACCAGAACCCAGUGAUAACAAUGAAAAUGCCAUUAGAUAUCUUUCUUUAUCGAAUAAUCGUUACAUAAGAUAUUUCAAAGGUCAUAAAGCUCAAGUAAGCUCCAUAGAAGUAAACCCCGUUGACAAUACUUUUCUAAGUUCAAGCUACGAUGGGACUGUCAAAUUGUGGGAAUUAAAGUCAUCCUCAGCCGUGGGGAAUCUUGAAAUUGGACAAAAUUCAGUAAUUGGGUUUGACCCCCAGGGAGUGGUUUUUGCCAUUGGGAAAUAUUCUCAAAAUGAAACUGGAGCAGUGUCCAUAUAUGACUUGAAAACAUUUGACAAGGCACCUUUCUUGCAUGUGGAAAUACCCAUCUUGCCAGGACAAAUAUGGAAUAAAUUAGAAUUCUCCAACAAUGGCAAGCUUAUUCUUAUUUCUACCGAUUCUGCCGAACAUUAUGUACUCGAUUCAUACCUGGGAGAACUAUUGGCUGUUGUUAGAUUAGCUAUUGGGAGUGUUGCUAGUAAAAACUGGAUGUCAUUUAAAUACCCUUAUACUGGGUGCUGUACAUUUUCUCCCUGUGGCAAAUAUUUGAUGGUGGGUACACCCAAAUCUACGAUAAAUAUUUAUGAUGUAUCCAAUCUACACAAUUCCAACAACAGACCAGUGAUAUUAUCUAGAACAAACCACAUUCUACAAAGUUCCAAUGGUAUUCCCAAAAUUGUUUCUUUCAGUCCUAAAAUGUUUACUUUAGCAACUGCAGAUACAACAGUAACCUUAUGGCUGCUACCAGAAAAAGUGUAA